CGGAAAUGAUUUGUUUUUCCAAAAACAAUAUUUUCUCCAAGUAUAAGUCCCAUCAUUCAAAGCGGUUUAUUUGAAAAGAUGGCGGCGCCCAUGCCAAAUUUUCCCGGGAUGUUCCCAAGCAGUUCUUCCAGCGAUUCCUCGCGAAACAAACAAGACACAGCUGCAGGUGUAGGUGCGGAAGGUGGUCAUGAGAAACACUGUCGGACCUGUACUGAUUUUAGGACCUGGAUGAGGAUGCAGGGGAAAACGCCGCCCACACAAAGUAAGCCGCAGAAAACCAGUGAAGAGGACGAUGAGAAAGACCCUGAGUGUCCCCUGGACAGAGAUGAGCUGGGUAGGAACACCUGGUCCUUCAUGCACACUAUGGCUGCUUACUACCCUGAUAAACCCUCCCACACACAGCAACAGGAGAUGUCACAGUUCAUCCACCUCUUCUCCAAGUUCUUCCCAUGUGAGGAGUGUGCAACAGACUUCAGGGAAAGGUUGAAAAGCAACCCCCCUAAUGUGGCCAGUCGCCACCACCUCUCCCAGUGGAUGUGUGAGGAACACAACAAUGUCAGCAGGAGGAUCGGGAAGCCUGAGUUUGACUGUUCCAAGGUGGAUGAGAGAUGGAGAGAUGGCUGGAAGGACGGGUCAUGUGGUUGAAGAGUCAUUGAUUUCUGUUUCUUUAACAUUACCACCGACAAUGUGCAAUAUCUGUAAGGAUGCUGGUGUGGUGAAUGGCAUGUCAGUGAUGAGCUGCAGUUUUAAAGUCUGGACAACAUUGAUGAAAGUUACAGUCAAAAUCAAAU